AUGUCCCAGCCGGCCGGGAGGAUGCAUUGCCGAAAGGCGGGGAUCCGAGCCGCCGUGGUGCUCAUCGGACUCCUGCACAAAUCUCGAAAACAGAAUAAAGAGAAAAGGAAGCAGGAGCUGGCCAACAGCUCGGAUGUGACCCUCCCAGACCGGCCACUGUCCCCUCCUCUCACCGCACCCCCAACCAUGAAGUCUGCAGAGUUCUUCGAGAUGCUGGAGAAAAUGCAGGGGAUCAAGCUUGAAGAGCAGAGGCCAGGACCCCAGAAGAACAAGGAUGACUAUAUCCCGUACCCCAGCAUCGAAGAGGUCGUGGAGAAGGGAGGCCCAUACCCCCUGAUCAUCCUGCCCCAGUUUGGGGGCUACUGGAUCGAGGACCCAGAGAACGUGGGUACUCCAACGUCACUGGGCAGCAGCGUUUAUGAGGAGGAGGAAGAGGACAGCCUGAGCCCCAACACGUUCGGCUACAAGCUUGAAUGCAGGGGUGAAGCCAGGGCCUAUCGCAGGCACUUCCUGGGCAAGGAUCAUCUGAACUUUUACUGUACUGGCAGCAGCCUGGGGAACUUGAUCCUGUCCAUCAAAUGCGAGGAAGCUGAGGGCAUUGAGUACCUUCGGAUCAUCCUCAGGUCCAAACUGAAGACGGUCCAUGAGCGGAUCCCCUUGGCUGGACUGAGCAAGUUGCCCAGCGUCCCUCAGAUUGCCAAGGCUUUCUGUGAUGAUGCAGUGGGGCUGAAAUUCAAUCCUGUUCUAUACCCCAAGGCCUCUCAGAUGAUUGUGUCCUAUGAUGAGCAUGAUGUCAACAACACUUUCAAGUUUGGAGUCAUUUAUCAAAAAGCCAGGCAGACCCUGGAGGAAGAGCUAUUUGGGAAUAAUGAGGAGAGCCCAGCUUUCAAGGAGUUUUUGAAUCUCCUGGGGGACACCAUCACACUGCAAGACUUCAAAGGUUUCCGAGGAGGCCUGGAUGUGACCCAUGGACAGACAGGGGUGGAGUCAGUGUAUACCACUUUCCGGGACCGGGAGAUCAUGUUCCAUGUCUCUACCAAACUGCCCUUCACGGAUGGUGACACCCAGCAGGUAUCAGUCACUGCAAGGGAAGAUGUGCCUGCCUUUGGCCCCCCUCUGCCAAGCCCACCUGUUUUCCAGAAGGGUGCAGAAUUCCGGGAGUUCCUGCUCACCAAGCUCACCAACGCGGAGAAUGCUUGUUGCAAGUCGGAUAAGUUCGCCAAGCUGGAGGACCGGACCCGGGCUGCUCUCCUGGACAACCUUCAUGAUGAACUCCACACACACACUCAGGUCAUGCUCGGCCUAGGCCCUGAGGAGGACAAGUUUGAGAAUGGGGGUCAUGGAGGAUUCUUGGAGUCUUUUAAGAGAGCCAUCCGUGUGCGCAGCCAUUCCAUGGAGACCAUGGUGGGUGGUCAGAGGAAGCUGCAUGGGGGCACCAUUCCUGGCAGCCUCAGUGGCGGUAUUGUCCACAACAGCAUGGAGGUCACCAAGACCACCUUCUCACCUCCAGUGGCCGCGGCAACCGUGAGGAACCAGUCACGCAGCCCCAUCAAGCGGCGGUCGGGCCUCUUCCCCCGCCUGCACUCGGGCUCUGAAGGCCAGGGGGACAGCCGGACACGAUGUGACAGUGCCUCCAGCGUUCCCAAAACCCCGGAUGGCGGACACUCUUCUCAGGAGAUCAAGUCUGAGACCUCGUCAAAUCCCAGCUCUCCAGAAAUCUGUCCCAACAAAGAGAAGCCCUUCAUGAAGUUGAAGGAGAAUGGCCGCGCCAACAUCUCCCGCUCCUCGUCCAGCACCAGCAGCUUCAGCAGCACCGCAGGGGAGGGCGAGGCCAUGGAGGAGUGUGACAGUGGGAGCAGCCAGCCAUCCACCACCUCACCCUUCAAGCAGGAGGUGUUUGUCUACAGCCCGUCCCCGAGCACCGAGAGCCCCAGUCUGGGGGCCGCUGCCACCCCCAUCAUCAUGAGCCGGAGUCCCACAGAUGCCAAAAGCAGAAACUCCCCGAGGUCAAACCUGAAAUUCCGCUUCGAUAAACUCAGCCAUGCUAGCUCCAGUGCGGGACACUAAUGUGAAAGUGGAGUCCUUCCCCUGUCCAAGGGAAGUCUUGAUUCUGGCCUGCAGAAGGCUCCCGCUCCAGCACUUUGGGGGUGCCAUCCACUACUCUGAUCGUUCAGGCCUGCUGUCUCACUGGCCACCUGCCCAGCAGACCAGCUGUCUGCUCCAUGUCCUGACCUGGCCAUGGCCUUUGCUGGCUCCUUCUCCACAGACCCAAAAGCCCCAACCUCUGCUCCUGACCUCCCGAUGUGACCGGCUCUCAGAGUCAACCAUCAUCUUGUUUUACCUGCUGGAAAAGAGUUGAACAAGAGGGAUUCUGGGGCCCAGGGGGCUCAGCGAGAAGCUGGGGAGCUUGUCUGCCCAAGACACAGAGGGAGUUGUGUGGUGGGGAGCAGAGGUGACUGCAGAAUGGUUGGUGGGUGCGGUCUGUCUUGGGUCACAGUACAGUGCCAUCCUGGACAUGGCGGAAGGGCUGCUUUUCUAGGAAUUUCCCAGCAUCCUCCAGGUUGUAUCUCACUGCUCCUGUGAUAAGUACUUCUGGCACAUCUGCUGGCCCAGGCCUAGGGAGCUCUGUCCCUGCUGCUAGGUUCCCCUUAGGGAAGGCUCAGGAUGGUGGAAGCGCAGAGUCAGAGCUGGGUGUGUGCCGGACUGGCUGCAUGUUUCCAUGACUGUAGUCUCAAGGUUUUUUCUGUCGAAUUUUACACAAGCUGCUGAUCAUCCUUGUGGAGAGAGAAGCCCCAGUAACUUUUCUCCUUUGAGUGGAUAUUUUUCCUGGGAAGGAACGGGCAGCCGGUAGUGUGAGGAGUCUAGGGAGAACACACGGUCAGCUCAGGGGCGUUUGUUGGUUGAGGAAAGCUUCUGUGUGGGCAGGCUCAUCUGGGGUCCAGCUCUCCACUUUUGUGAGAAUCCAGAAAAGACAUAGUUUGUUCAACCUAUCUUUUAGGUGGGAGAGAGGGGAGAGAUGUCGUGGGGGAGGGGUGUGACUUGACAAGUUUUGGUUAGGCCGGUGUGUGGCAUUUGAACUUAGCGUUGGAAACAGUAUGGCGUCACUCCACCUGUGCUCCCGGCAUCUGUGAGGGGCCCAGUGCUGCUCAGGGGCUGCUUCUAGGCUCGGUCCCCAGUCCUGUUCUUCCCACUCCAAUGGCAGGUCUUCAGGCAGUUGUCCCAUCUGCAGGGCUCCUGGAAGCCAGGCCCCAUGAGCCUGUGCUUUGUGCACCACAGACUGCACUCCUGGCCAUGGCCGCCACCUCUGGGUGAGCCCGCUCAUCCUGACGAGCUCUCUUGGGCUCCUCAGCCUUCCAGGUUUGCAGGGCGGUUCAGCUGCAGGGGAUGGGGUGGAACAUCUGCCAGGCCAAACACCGGGUCUAAACAACAGGCACUUGAAGAUCCUGCCCCAUUAAGUACACAUAGGCCUCUGGCACAGGGCUGCUCUGGUUCUGGGCUCCCGCCUCAGUGAGCAGGUAAUAAGAUUUCCCACCCAGGGCUUGUCUGCAUAGGCUUCUGUUCCCAAGCCCAAGUACGGAAGGGCGACAGAGCUUCUGGGGUUGCUGUGGUGUCCCCCAUUACUUCUGUCAUCUGAUCCUUCCUUCCCCACACACUUGCGGCCAGGGGAGGGAUACUGCGCCCUGCACUCCGCUUGGGAUACCUGCUUACGUGAAGGACUCGUCCGGUAGGAUUUGCUCUAGUUAGAAGGUCAACAGAAUAUCUGUUUAGCUUUUAUUAAAAGCCAGCGCGGCAGCACCCACUGCUGGAAGGAGACGAGUGGAUUCUGGCAGCGUUCUGCUUGAACUUGAAAGGUCAGACUGUGUUUUCUUUGAAACUACUACAGGACCCUGGCUCCCUUCUCUUGGUAGGACCGUUUUUUACCCUUGCUCGGUGGUUGUGCUACGUUGCAUUAUGGUCUGGGUCCUCAGGAGCUUCUAGGUUGUCCCACAGUGUCAUAGCUGGAAACCUUCUAAGCCUUCUUGUCCCCACUGCUUUGGCUGGUUCCCUGCAGGUAUUAGCUCCAGGCCAGGUGUUGCCUCUGCUUCUGGGCCAGUGGACAGGAAGGAUGACUGUGUAUAGAGGGACGGAGAGGCACUGGGCUGGGGUCUUCACCCUUGGUUUGCUGUUGAGAUACUCUGGGCAGGAUCUGAGCUGCCCCUGCCCUCUGGUCAGGCCCCUCUCUAUCUAGCAGGUCCAUCCUGUGGCUUUCCAGGGUACAUGGAAAAGCCCAGCUGGAGUUCUCUGUGGAGCAGGAGAGUAAUGGCAGGGCCCAGCCUCCUCUAAGCCCUCUGGAUGGGAGGCUGUUCCUCCCACACUCUGAUCCAAUCUCCUCUCGUGGCUGUUCCCAGUCUCAGGGCUUAGAGUCUUGCUGAAGCUCCUUCAUGGGACUGGGCCUGUGUAGAUGAUGCUUCUGCUUAUAUUUGGGGACAUUUCCACUGUGGCCCCCACAAGGGGUUCUCCUGGUCACAACUCUGGCUCUGGGGGACUGCCUGACUCACUGAAGAAACUAUACUUUGCAGGUGUUAAUAGGCACCCAGAUGCCUCUAGUUCUGUUGAUACAUCAAAGCAGAUGUGGGAGAGCUCCAGAUAGAUGCUCUUAGCCAGAGUUUCUGUCUGUGAUUAUGAAUGUCAAGAGGCGUUUCUUGGAAAAUAACCUGCGGUUCAGUUUUAUGGGCACCAUUUGAUAUCAAGGCUUCUGGACCAGUUGCCUCUCAUCCAACCAUGCCAUCCUCCUGACCGGCAGAAAGAACUUGCCUGAGGCCACACAGCCACCUAGUGGGCAAAGCUGUUACUAGACCCACAGCCUCUGGCCCGUUCCUGUGUACCAGCUGUACUUGCUGUUGGUGGAGUAAAACAGCUGCAUUUCCUGGGCUUGGGUUUGGGGGAACCCUGUUAUCUGGGAUUUCUACACUGGCAGGGAGGUGCUGGGGUUGGAGGAUGUUGAUAGGGCCUCAGCUGUGACUGUUGAGAAUUCUUGGUCAGUGAGGAGCCUGGGGCUUGAGUGAAGGAAGUGGAGGGGAGGGAGUCCAGCAAAGUGCUUCUUGGGCCUUCAGUAACAGGGGCAAAGUGACCUGGACGAAGAUGCAUUGGCUUCCUUGUUUUUAAAUCAGGACAGAAAAUGAUAAAAAAGGAACCAGUUCUCUGAUCUAUCUUCUCUUCCUCUAUCUCCAUCCCUCCCUUCCUCUUUUUGGUGGUGCUGGGAAUGAACCCAAGGCCUCGCUCACGCUGAGCGAGUACCCUGCCACUGAGCUAUACCCCAGGCCUUCUUAAAAUGGAGACGGGGGAAUAAAAGCCCAGAUCAGGUGACUAGGCAGGACACAGGCAGUUUCCUUUUUCUUCCUUUGACCCUUUAAGGUGCCAACUCAAACAUUACCUUUUGUCCAUUGUUUCUUAGUCUGCAAAGACAGCUGUGUUGUGGGGUGUGUGUGUGCCUGGGGUUCAGAUAGAGCUUGCGGCUUCUGGGCCAGCAGGGACCAGGUCAGUCAGCCGUGCUCUGGACCCCCAUGCUCCUUCCCCAGCUUCUAGUUACCCCUCAAUCAAAGGCAAGGGCAGGUUGGUACAGUAACCAAGGCUGUUCCCACUGCUUGGUAGAGGGCCUUUGCGGCGUCCUCUGGCGUCUCUCUCACCACCAGCCCUUUGCCCACACCAAUCUCACGUCUCUUCAGCUGGGUUAUGCACCCCUUGGGAGAAAGACAACCCCCGAGCCUAGGGCAAUCUGCCUAGUGGGCAGCAGCUGGGGAAGUGGCUUUGGCCUGGGCCUCACCAUCCCUGGGGAGGGUGUGCUCCGCUGGAAGACUGGAAUCAGUUGCCCUUGUCUUUGGUUUUGUGACAUUUCCACGCGGAAGGGUGAAAUUCCCCUUCUUGCUCCUUAGUGUGUAUGCUCACUCUUCCUCCUCGUGAUGUCGCCUUGGCUGAACCUUGUCCAGUUCCCAGGGUGCCGACGUCUCCAUGUGAAGAGAUGCCUGUGUGGUAGAGUCUAUGAGGUGUAGUGUGGAAGUGAACCCUGUGACGAUGACUUUUCUUUGCUUCCUCUCAGUGAGGAGGUGAUUUGUAGAUCCCGACUGCCUAUGGAAUGUAAAUAGUGUACAUUUAAUUUAUUGCUAUGGUAGCACAUUGUAUUUGUUAAUGUAUAAAACAAAUUCUAAAAGGUUGACAAAUGUAUAUUUUGUUGCUUAAAUGUGUCUUUGCAGAAAUUGACAAUAAAUAAUAACAUAUUUUGUGUCCA